ACCAAGAACAAUUUGAAAACCCACCCCAUAAUACUUAAAAUCUGGGACAAAGAACCGUCAGGACGGAACUGCUUCGAUUGCAAAACCUCGGCGCAGCCUGGGGAGCAUCCCGGCGGCCUGAACCCAGAGAAGCCCCUUGAAAAUCGAGGAGUACAGUAUUGGGAUUCUUGAAACCUGAAACCUAGAAACAGAACCGCAGCGGAAACCAGAGGGAAAACCUUGAACUGCUCCAGACAAUUGCUUCCGGGGAGUUUGGAAGGAGCGAGGGGGACAAGGGCCCGGCUGCAGCGCCCCGCGGAUGGGGCGCCCCUGAGGGUCGUGGCGAGCGCGGAAGCGGAGGCCGGGCUGUCGCGGGGCUGCAGGUCAUGGCCACGGCGGAGCGCAGAGCCCUCGGCGCGGGCUUCAAGUGGCUGUCUUUGGCAACUCUUGCACUCAUCUGCGCCGGGCAAGGGGGCCGCAGGGAGGAUGGGGGUCCAGCCUGCUACGGGGGAUUUGACCUGUACUUCAUUUUGGACAAAUCUGGAAGUGUUCUGCACCAUUGGAAUGAGAUCUAUUACUUUGUGGAACAGCUGGCUCAUAAAUUCAUCAGCCCGCAACUAAGGAUGUCCUUUAUUGUCUUCUCUACUAGAGGAACAACUUUAAUGAAACUAACAGAAGACAGGGAACAGAUUCGCCAAGGCCUAGAAGAACUCCAGAAAGUUCUACCAGGAGGAGACACCUACAUGCAUGAAGGAUUUGAAAGGGCCAGUGAGCAGAUUUAUUAUGAAAACAGUCAAGGAUACCGGACAGCAAGUGUCAUCAUUGCUUUGACUGACGGGGAGCUCCACGAAGAUCUCUUUUUCUAUUCAGAGAGGGAGGCCAACAGAUCCCGAGAUCUUGGUGCAAUUGUUUACUGUGUUGGUGUGAAAGAUUUCAAUGAAACACAGCUGGCCCGGAUUGCGGACAGUAAGGACCAUGUGUUCCCCGUGAAUGAUGGCUUCCAGGCUCUGCAGGGCAUCAUCCACUCUAUUUUAAAGAAAUCCUGCAUUGAAAUUCUAGCAGCUGAGCCAUCCACCAUAUGCGCAGGAGAGUCAUUUCAAGUUGUCGUGAGAGGAAAUGGCUUCCGACAUGCCCGAAACGUGGACAGAGUCCUCUGCAGCUUCAAGAUCAACGAUUCGGUCACACUCAAUGAGAAGCCCUUUGCUGUGGAAGACACUUAUUUACUGUGUCCAGCACCUAUCUUAAAAGAAGUUGGCAUGAAGGCAGCACUCCAGGUCAGCAUGAAUGAUGGGCUCUCAUUCAUCUCCAGCUCUGUCAUCAUCACCACCACACACUGCUCAGAUGGCUCCAUCCUGGCGAUCGCCCUGCUCAUCCUGUUCCUCCUCCUGGCCCUGGCACUGCUCUGGUGGUUCUGGCCCCUCUGCUGCACCGUGAUCAUCAAGGAAGUCCCUCCACCCCCUGUUGAAGAGAGUGAGGAAGAAGAUGACGACGGGCUGCCUAAGAAGAAGUGGCCCACAGUCGACGCUUCCUACUAUGGUGGGCGAGGCGUCGGGGGCAUCAAAAGGAUGGAGGUUCGUUGGGGAGAAAAGGGCUCUACAGAAGAAGGUGCCAAACUGGAAAAGGCCAAAAAUGCAAGGGUAAAGAUGCCUGAACAGGAGUAUGAAUUCCCUGAGCCUCGGAAUCUCAACAACAACAUGCGAAGGCCCUCUUCCCCACGCAAGUGGUACUCUCCGAUCAAGGGAAAACUCGAUGCCUUGUGGGUCCUACUGAGGAAGGGAUAUGAUCGUGUGUCUGUGAUGCGACCGCAGCCUGGUGACACGGGGCGCUGCAUCAACUUCACCAGAGUCAAGAACACCCAGCCGGCCAAGUAUCCGCUCAACAACGCCUACCACACCACCUCACCACCCCCUGCCCCUAUCUACACGCCCCCACCCCCUGCUCCCCACUGUCCUCCCCCACCCCCUAGCGCCCCCACCCCGCCUUUCCCAUCCCCCCCUUCCAACCUUCCUCCUCCUCCUCAGGCUCCACCUCCCAACAGGGCACCACCCCCCUCCCGACCUCCUCCCAGGCCUUCUGUCUAGAGCCCAAAAUGGUGCUCUGGGCCAUCUCAGAAACUUCGAGGAGGACGCUCCUCUGUGCUAUUAGAACAAGUCUUUCCAGCUAGAGGGGAGGAGUGGAGAUUAAGCCCGCUGACAUUCACAUGCUUUAAAUAUUGGUUGGCAACACCAAUAUACUGACAUUGUGAUCAGCGGAAAGAAGCAGAAAUUCUUUAAUUGCCUGAAAACCAAUGAUGAGGCAACUAACUCACAUUUAUAACCAGCCAGCUGUCACCUCUAGACGGUUCCAGAGAUGAUGAAAUUGCCACGAUGCUCUCAACAGGAUGUGUCUCACAGAGGCCCAGUAAGAAAAUCAUUUCUCUGAGAGUGAAACAGAGUUGGAUAAGAAGUGACACUGCUCAGUUUCUAGAUGCUGCCUUCCCUCCUCCACUCCACCGCAUGAAGUCACCCUGGACCCUUGUCCCAGAAACCGAGGACUCCUCCCCACUGUGUACCCCUCAGGAAGGGAGAAAACUCUGCCUACAACUUGGGAAAAGCUUGGAAACCCCAGGGUGUCAAGAAGCUCAAUUCAGACAAGUAUUCCAAAGGACAUUUCUCUGGGAUUGGCAGGUGUAUCAAAGUAUCUGCCUCAUUUUCCUUUCAAAUUCUUUUAGUUUCCAAGUGAGGAAGGAAGCACGUGUUUACUGAUGGGAACGGUAUGUUGUCAUGUUGACGAGUAAGUGAAAUCGGUAGUGUGCAUGGACAGGGAAGUAUUGAUGGAGCGUCAGACAUUUUCUCAAACCCACCAGCCAUUAGCAGCUAGAGGAGGUAGCACUGGCCAGACACGGUCCCCUAAAUCAACAGAAAGUGGCUUCGUUAAAGAGCAGCGCUGUUAAUGAUUCAUGUUUAAAAAAAAAUAAUCAAGAUUUGGCUUUGGUUUCAAUCACUUGAAAUAUAAAAAAGUAACUGAUCCUGUUUUCCAGAGAUGCAAAUGAGUUGAGUUGACCUUCCCCAAGUAGCACUAUCAACACCUACUGCAUGAUGUCACAGACUUUUUUUCUUUCUUUCUUGGUCAAGGUUAUACCAGAAGCAUCUAGGCAGAACUGAGAGACAGUGGUCCUGACCUAAUGAGGAAACUUAUCUCUAGGUUUUUUGAUUUGACUUCUAAAAGGCAUGUAUGUAUAGAUGCAAUUAUAUGUUUUCCUAGGUUUUUCAACAUAUUUAUAAGUAUUAUCAGCUGUUAAUCAAGAGAAAUACAGCAGAUGUGUGACCUAAAAAUGUUCUUCCUGAAAUCCCCACCAUGCUUGAGGCCUAUCCUAUUCCUCAAGUCCUUCUGAGUCUAUUUAACUGGAAAUCCCAGUAGUAACUUGCCAAACCAUUGAGCUUUUUCACCCAGGAGUAUAAACAGACAUCAUUAUCAAAGACUUCCUAUACCAGCCCACUCAAAACUAUCUCCCCCUCAGAUUGCAACAGGCCCAAAACUUCCUAUCAUAAAUCUUUCAAAUUCUUAAAUCUUCUCUGAAACAAAGCAGAUCAUAGUAUUAGCUAUAAACUAAGUGUUUUGGACUCUGAUCUCCAGAGAGCCCACAAGAAUCCAUCAAGCCAGCCUCACUCUCUCACCUUGCUUGGAACAGAGACAUUAGUGUACGUAGCACAUAUUCCAUUAACACAAAUUCCUGUGCCCAUGCAGACAUUGCUAAUCAACUUCAGCACAAGUUCCCAAUCACUCAGUGAUUUUUCAACAAUCAUCUCCAGUCACAAGUCAAUCAAAAAAAAAAAAAAAAAAAAAAAAAACAGUCAAUCAUCAGUCACAACUGAGAGAGAUGAACCCUAGAAAGCAAAAAUAAAUAGGAAUUGUGGGGGGAGUGGAAAAAUCCACCAGCAUAAAAGGUACAGUCAGGAGAGACUGAACCUAGGACAGUGCCCUAGUGGGGGACCACAGGCACUGACUGCAAGACCAACACCAGACUGACACUCUCCAAGGGCACCUCAGGCCCUCCCCUUGUCACAUGGCUACCCAGGCCUAAGAACCUCCUAGCCUUCUCAAGGAGCUAAAAUCAGAGAUGACUUUCACAGUCUAUGAAAGCAGCCUCCCUCCCGCUCAGCCAACUCUAUUGCAUUGCCUAUUUUUAGAAUGCUUAGGCUACUUCUUUAAUAUAGUCCCGCAUGAAGCAGGGGUCAGAAUGUCCCAGCCACCUGCAGUGACAUUGCUGGGCCCCAGAACCAUUCCUUAGGAGAAUGGGUUCCUCGGGUUCACACCACAGAGACAUUGAGCCCAAGGCAGCUGUUUUGACUGCGGGCAGUACGAAACAGUCCUCUCACGCCACUGCCACCUGGCUGGCAUGGCAACCAGAAAGCUGAAGCCACGAUGCUGAUAUUGCUGUGCAACGAGAUGGCAGCAUCGGGCGAGAAGGCACAUUCAGGAUCUCAGCAGCACAUCGCCCAGAUGCCCUGUGCAGUUUCCAGGAGAUUUGUGGCUGAACAUGUUGAGAAAAUAAACUGCAUAUAUAUGUUGAUUUUGAAACGGAUUCGCAGGGUUUGUCCUUAAAACCAACCCACCAGCCACAUCAUUGAUAGGUAUUCAGAAGUACAGUUAAGAAAGAACUUUCUAUCUACUGUAUGAACAAAUUAAUACAGUUUAUUUUCAUAGUAGGCUAUUACAGGUAAGAAAAUUCUUUAACUGGUUUACAAAAUUCCAUCAGUUCUGUAUCAUUCCCUGUAAAAGACAGAAGACAUGAUUGUGAUCAGGAAACUGCACAAAAUUAUUUUUUUCAACCCUUGUGUUAUUGUCCUGAUGAAGUCUCUCUCUUUUUUUUAUAAAAGCCAAAUUUUUGUUGUAUAUAUUCGUAUUCCAUGUGUUAGAUGGAAGCAUUUCCUAUCCAGUGUGAAUAAAAAGAACGGUUGUAGUAAAUUAUUAUAAAGCCAAUGAUAUUUCAUGGCAGUUAUUCUAUCAAGCUGUGCUUGUUGGUUUUUCCCAUGACUGUAUUGCCUUUAUAAUUGUACAAAUAGUCACUAAAAUGACGAGACCCUUGUUUGCACAGCAUUAAUAAGAUCCUUGCUAGGAACUGUGGUCCCCUCUGUUGACAACCAGCUCAUAAUCUCCUUACUGAAGCUUGGUACACACUUCAGAGAGACGCAAGCUCUCCCUUCUACCAAGAUAAACAGAGCUGGCGGAUAAAUUAAUCAGUAGUCUUGGAUAUCUAAUGAUAGGUAGUCACACUAUAAGUUUCAUUAAAAUGAGCAAAGAUAAUCUUGAAUUGUCAUAUGUAAACAAUUGUAAGCAUGACAUCUGAUGAGGAAGCUAGAAAAAAAUCUUAAUCGUGAGAAAAUAAGCAACAGUCUCAGCCCAAUGCCAACUCAA